CACAGAACUCACACUCUUCUGUUUCACACAGCCAGUAUAAGGUCUCCUACCAAACUCCUCUCUUCACUCUGGAGGGUGAUGCAACAAUGGCCUUGAGAACAGCAGGAAGUGUGUUGGUGCUCCUUCUCUUGUCCGUGGCAGCAACUACGGCAACACAGCGUGGACAGAAAAUCCAAGUGAUGGUGUCUCCCACCAAUGCAGUGUGGGGACAGAAUGUGACAGUAACCUGUAACACCACCUGUACUCUGACUGAUAACCACACCUACAUUUGGUACAUGAACGGACAACGUCUAUCAUCGUCAUCCAAGUCCACAUUGUCAUCUACCAGUUAUCAUUCAACCAGUUACUCCUGUGCUGUAAAAGGCUUUGAGGAUCUCCUCUCUCCUGCAAUGUGUCUGCAGGUGAAGGUGACUCCUGCCACAGAGAAAGGGAAUCUGACACUGACCUGUAGCACCACCUUUACUCUGACUGAGAACCCCAAACCCACCUACAUCUGGUACAAGAACGGACAACAUCUCACCAACUCAAAGACUCUAGAUAACUCCCUGAUCCUAAACCCAGUCAGCAGUGAAGAUGCAGGCAGAUACACCUGUGCUGUAAAAGGCCACAAUAAUCUCUACAUUCCUGAAGAGACUCUGACUGUAAUUUCAGCAUACCACCCUGCAUCCCACUGCUGGCAAGGGACAAGGGACACAGUAGACAAUAGACAGGGAAACUCUAGUCCCAUGAAUGACAACAUAUCGGGCAUGGCCAUGACCCCUACUUCAGUACAGAGAGCAGACACAGACAACCAGGAUGACGUUCACUACACCAGCAUCCACUUCUCUGGCUCCAAUAACCAGGAAGUGCCUCUGUACUCCACUGUCCAACUGCCUCAAACCCAGAAAGAGGAUGAGGAUGUCCAAUACGCUGUUGUAAAAUUCAACCGCUCCAGUGCUGCCCCCCCGACCUCUCUCACAGGAAGCUGAGGAGGUCUCCUCUGUGUUCUAUAGAACAGUCAACGAACCCAGAACUAAGAAGACCUGAACACAAGAUGAUCUUUGAUGCAUCCCAAAUGGUACUUUGUUCACUCUAGUGCACUAUGUAGGGAAUCGGGUGCCAUUUUGGAUGCAAGCCUGAACACCAGGCGACCUGAAAAUAAGAUGACUCUGCCUGGGAUUCAAGCAAAUUAUGGACAAGCAUCCUGCACUUUCAUUUUACAGUUCAUUUAAACCAACAUCCGCAGCAUUUAGCGCAAGUGUGAUCUCUGCAAACGUCAGGAAAAUUGUCUUUAAAAGCCUUAUUAUCGGCAGAAGACUAUCAACAAGCAUUUCACUACACCAACACACCCGCAAUAACAAUGCAAAAUAUGUGUGACCAAUAAACUUUGAUUUGA